AUGUCCUCGAGUUCAGUUGAAGAUAUCCCAGACCAAUGUAAGGAUCUAUUCACUCAAGAUGGAGUACUUCUCAAGGCCUGUAUUGGACGCUCAAUCAAUGAGCUCAACUGCAUUGGAAUGCUCUGCAUUGUUCAGAAUGCUGAUGGCACAAAAUGCAUUGAGUGGAGACCAAAUGACUUGAUUACUAUUGAUUCUGACACCCAAGACCAGGAAUGGGCUGUUGUCAAUACUAUUGGACGUCGACAGCGAACACUUAGCGGUAAUAUGACGUCAGACUAUGCCACGGCUCGAGCUCGUAUCAUCAGAAUACCGAUAGACGAUCUAAAAACCUUCCGUGUCUCUCGCAACAACCAGCAAAUGCAGUUCUCAACAAAACCUGGAGUAUGGCAGAUGUCCUUCUAUUUCCAACAUGGCAAUGCAGAGAUUUUUGUUGCCUAUCUGAAGAACCACGUGAAAACCGCCAAAACGAGACAUGACAGGAAUACAUAUGUUAUUGUUGAGCCUAAUACAGAGACACAGGUGCUGAACAGAUCCUUUGCAGAGUUGGAUAUCUUUACGGAGAACCCAACGGAUGUUGUGUGGAGUUUAGUCUCUAAUUUGAGGCAGAGACCAUAUGAGACCACAAUGGAGGCAUUCUCAAAGCUCACUGAUAUUGUGUACUUUGGCAAUGAGGCAUUAAACGGUAAAAGGGAUGUAUCCGAGGAGGUGGCAGAUUUGUUGACAAAAAGCAUGAGUGCCAUGGAGGACGCAACCACAGUUGCCAAGAGUGAUGAAUACGAAGUUAUAAGCGUGAAACCCACCCUCCCUCCGCGACCUUGUAUACCUAGGGGCACCCCCUUGUCCACUGAAAAGUGGGAAGGCUUGCAGGACACAGAGGGAAGAGUGACUGAGGUAGAUGGUGUGAAACAACUUAUAUUUAGAGGGGGUGUCGCUCAUUCGAUAAGACACUCAGUCUGGAAAUACCUCUUAGAUUACCAUCCAUGGAGCAUGAGUCAUUCAGAGAUAAAGAACCUGCAAAGACGUAAGACUGAAGAGUACUUCUCGAUGAAGUUGCAAUGGAGGUCGAUGACAGAGGGUCAGGAGGCCAGGUUCUCUGAGUACAGGGACCGGAAGAGUUUGGUGGAGAAGGACGUGAACAGAACAGACCGGACCCAUCCAUUCUUUGCGGGCGACAACAAUCCGAAUUUGGUGGUGCUGCAAGACAUUCUGAUGACCUAUGUGAUGUACAAUUUCGAUUUGGGCUACGUGCAAGGGAUGAGCGACAUUCUUGCUCCGCUGUUGCUUUUGCUUGGCAACGAGGUGGACAGUUUCUGGUGCUUCGCCGGUUUCAUGGAGCGAAUUGCGCCCAACUUCGACAUGGACCAAGCGGGCAUGAAGCAGCAAUUGCUACACCUGCAACAGCUCCUGACAUUCGCCAGUCCCGAGCUGGCCCAACACCUGUCCCAAAAGGAUUCUGGAAACAUGUACUUCUGCUUCCGAUGGCUACUUGUGUGGUUUAAACGGGAGUUCUCCUAUCGUGAUAUCAUGAGGCUAUGGGAAGUGCUUUGGACCGGUUUGCCGUGUGCUAAUUUUCAUUUACUGAUAUGUGUAGCAAUACUCGACGCUGAGAAGGAUAUUCUCAUAAGUAAAGAUUAUGGCUUUACAGAAAUACUAAAACAUGUGAACGACCUAUCGAUGCGUUUGGAGGUGGAUAAGAUCCUCAGCACUGCCGAGGGGAUAUACCAUCAGAUUGUGUCGGCGCCUCAUCUAACAGAUCAGAUCAGGGUGAUUAUUGGUCUACCUACAGUUGGCUGUCCACCGCAGUCUGAUGGCAGCCAGUCAGACGAGGAGUCUUUGAGCCAGAUGCGGUCCGAAGCCCCUUCGCACUCAGGAAACGGGCCGACCAUGGCCCCCACCGUAAACGGUUACACUCGAAUA